AUGAAUCCAUUAAUCUUCCUUCUUUUAAUUUUUAUUUCAAAUGCACUUAUUCCAUUAUCAACAUGUUUUGAAGGAACAUCUACUUAUUAUACUUCAUACACAGAGAAUGGUGCUUGUAGUUUUGGUUCAAUAUCAACAACUAUAAAUAAAGGAUAUAUUUAUGCAGGAGCUUUAAAUGAAGCAAUGUAUAAUGAUGCUAUUCAAUGUGGAAUUUGUUAUGAAAUUGUUGGACCUAAAGGAGUUAUAAGAAUAAGAGUCGUUGAUAUGUGUCCUGCUAAUGAUGAGAAUCCUAAAUGUAAAGGAGAGUCUAUUGCUUUUGAUAUUGCAGAAAAUGGAUUUUCAUUAAUUGGAGAAAAAAGUAAUGGAGGAGCAAAUAUUACAUUUAGAAUGGUUGCAUGUGAUAUCGAUGAGAAUAUUAAAAUUGUUUCUUCUAAAGGAGUUUCUAAUAGUUGGUAUAAUUUUGUUGUUAAAGACCAUAUCAUUGGAUUAAAAGAAGUUAAAAUUACUCUUGAUAACAAUACUUUUUAUGAAUGCAAAAGAUCUAAAUCAAAUACUUGGACAUUUACAUCUUCUAAUUUAUUAACUACUCCAUUUACAAUUGAAAUGACAUCAAUUAAUGAUGAUAAAGUUUAUGCAAUUAUUAAUGAUUUUACAUCUGAAAAAGAAUAUCAAGCUUUUAGUAAUUUUAAAAUACCUUCUGAUACAUUUUUUGAUAUAAAAAAUUUACAAAAACAUAAUAAAAAUGAUGAUUCUGAAGAAUGUUGUUCAAUGGUUGAUGAAUAUUCUGUUAUUUAUGACGAUAAAUUUGAAGGAACUUGGAUCGAAAAUUCUAAUUCAUUAAAUUCACUUGAUUUAAAAUAUGACAAUGAUUGUUAUGAAGGAAGUUAUUGUGUAAAAACAAAUAUGAAACAGUAUGGUGCAUUCCAUUUCUAUGCACAAUAUCCAGCUUCACUUCAACAGUACUCAUCUUUCAAAUUCUUUAUAAAAACAAAAAAAGAAUGUAAAGAAUGUAUUACUGUAUUAUGUGGAGAUAAAAAGAAAAUUAUUUCUAUCACACAAGCAGAUGACUGGGUAGAAGAAAUAAUUAAUUUUGAAGAAUUAGGUUAUACUAGUGAUACUAUCUCAUCUUUAUCUAUUCAAAACAACCAACAAGACACUACUUAUUUCUUUGAUUCACUUUCAUUAAUUAAAAAUCAAAAGGCACCUUCAACUGCAAAAUGUUUUGAUGAAAACGUUGUACCAAAUUCAACAGCAUCAGUUUAUAUGCUUUUUGUUGCAAUUAUUUUAAUAAAUUUAUUAUGA